AUGUCAAUAUCAUCGCUGUUUAAGCUUGUGACACCAGCUCCGCUGACGGAAAAAAUGCAAUCUCGGGAUGCCUGCAUCUACAUGUACCGAGCGAUGGACCUGAUGGGUUGGAUACCACCAAAAGAUGGACUAGCUCGUUAUAUAUACUUAAUUUGGACGUGUGUUCCAUUUCUCUGUGCAACGUUCUCCUUGAAUCUAUGCUUUCUAUUAAGCUACAUUAUGGACUAUCACAAUUAUUCAACUGGACAAUUCAUAACUUCUUUGCCAGUGUCUAUUAACGCAGUUGGCUCAUCAGUAAAGGCCACUAUUUUAUUCAUUUAUCUUUGGCGCUUGCGAGAGACGGAGCUACUGUUUGAUAAAUUAGAUCAUCAAAGGACAAGUGAUCAUGACCGUGAAAAGAUACAUCAACUAGUGGCCACCUGCAAUAAGAUCAUGCUUGUCUUUAUUUCUGUAUACGGCACUUAUGUUUCUGGCACAUUUAUAGCCUAUGCGCUAAGCGGUAGACCCCCAUGGUCUAUAUAUAAUCCAUUUUUUAACUGGCGCGAUAGCAUUUUGACCUUGUGGAUACAAUCUACCGUUGAAUAUAUACUUAUGUCCUUUGCUGGCAUGCACAAUUUGCUAUCCGAUACAUAUGGAGUUGUAUUUCUCCUCAUAUUUCGAAAACAUGCGGAGCUACUCAAAGACCACGUCAAUCGCCUACGCACGGAUACUACCAAAACGGAGCAGCAAAACUACGAGGAUCUUAUAAGCUGCAUUUCGGAACACAGACUAAUAGUGGGUUGCUGCAGUUGGAUGCGUCCUAUUAUAUCGGCCACAAUUUUGGUGCAGUUCCUGCUGAUUGGCGUCAUUCUGGGCUUGACUCUUAUAAACAUAUUCUUUUUUUCGAACUUCUGGCGUGGCUUGUCCUCGUUUACAUAUCUCAUUGCUGUGCUUAUGGAAACAUUUCCAUUUUGUUACAUUUGUAAUUUACUAAUUGAAGACUCGGAUGACUUGUCAAGAGCUAUAUUUGAGUCCAACUGGAUCGAUGCUGAUCAGGAGUAUAAAUCUGCACUAAUUUAUUUCAUGCUCAAUGCACAGAAGCCAAUAAUUUUUCUAGCUGGUGGAGUUUUACCAAUAACUGUUAGAACUAAUCUGCAAGUAGCUAAAUUUGCGUUCUCCAUCAUCACUGUGGUACGUCAAACCAAUCUGGUUGAAAAAUUUCAAUAA